AUGACAGACACACCAACAUCAUGCUGUUACUCAUAUUCCAGCAAAGUUCCCUCCAACAGAAUUGCUUCUUAUUUCAAUACGAGUACUCUGUGCUCCAAACCAGCUGUAGUAUUUCUCACCAUCAAGAACAAUGCUGUCUGUGCUAAUCCCCAAGAGCAGUGGGUAACCAAGAUCGUCAAAAUCUUAGACAAAAGAUCUUUUCAGAUGUCAGCAUAAAUGGACAAUGCAUGUGUAACCAGAAAGACAAUAGCAUUUGAAAUAAUGCUCCUCUAAUCUUGCCUAAAUUAUUGUAUUUUGUAUUUUUUUAAUAAAAUGGUAAAAUGAUACAAAAAAUAA